AUGGCACGUGGUCAGGUCAGCCCUGAGGUUGCCCAGAUGUGUAUGAAGACUGCAUACGACAACGGUAUCAACUUUUUCGACACCGCCGAGGUUUACUCAGGCGGUCAAUGCGAGAUCGACAUGGGAGUCGCGAUCCGCAAAUUCGGCUGGAAGCGGUCUGACCUCGUCAUCUCCACAAAACUCUUCUGGGGCGGCAAAGGACCCAACGAUCGAGGCCUAUCCCGGAAACACAUCGUCGAGGGUACAGAUGCGUCGCUCAAACGGUUGCAAUUGGAUUAUGUCGACUUGCUUUAUGCGCAUAGACCGGACCCGGAUACGCCAAUGGAGGAGAUUGUGAGGGCUUUCAAUUUUGUGAUUGAACAGGGGAAGGCGUUUUAUUGGGGGACGAGUGAAUGGUCUGGGCAGCAGAUCAGUGAAGCCCAUGCGGUUGCUCAGCGGUUGAAUCUUAUCGCUCCCUUAAUGGAACAACCGCAGUACAACAUGUUCCAUAGGGACAGAGUCGAAAAGGAAUACCUCCCGCUCUACAAAAACUUUGGUAUGGGCGCCACGAUAUGGUCCCCCCUCGCUUCAGGCCUCCUCUCCGGAAAAUACAACGACGGCGUACCCCCAGACUCGCGCCUUGCCAUCGAAGACAACGCCGUCAUGAAGCGGCUCCGCGAAUCCCUCGAAUCGGAAGAUGGACGGGUCAAAAUCCAAAAGGUUGCCCAGUUGGGUCAUAUUGCACAGCAACUUGGGUGCACGACGGCACAGUUGUGUUUGGCAUGGUGUUUGAAGAACCCCAAUCUGUCAAGUGUGAUCACGGGCGCCAGUCGGCCGAGUCAGAUUGAGGAGAAUGUGAAGGCGUUGCAGGUUGUGCCGCUUUUGACAGAGGAGGUUAUGGAGGCUAUUGAGGGCGUGUUGAUGAAUCGGCCUGUUCUUGACUACAAUUUCCGUUCUUCUUGA